AUGUCUCCAAUUAGAGUUUUGGUUACCGGAGCAGCUGGACAAAUUGGAUAUUCAUUGGUUCUUCAAAUUGCCAAAGGAGAUGUCUUUGGAAAAGAUACUCCAGUAACAUUGGUACUUCUUGAUAUUGCUCAAAUGAAAGAUGCUCUUGAAGGUGUAAAAUUUGAAUUGAUCGAUUGCGGGCUUCCAAAUCUUUAUGAUGUUGAGUGUGCCGUUACUGAAGAAGAAGGUUUUAAAGAUAUUGACUAUGCCUUUUUAGUUGGAGCUAUGCCAAGAAGACAAGGAAUGGAACGCAAAGAUCUUCUUGCCGCUAAUGUUAAAAUUUUCAAAAGUCAAGGAAAAGCUCUUGCUCAAUACUCUAAGCCAAAUGUCAAAGUUCUUGUUGUUGGAAAUCCAGCUAAUACAAAUGCAUAUAUUGCUGCAAAAUACGCUGCUCCAACAAUUCCAGAAAGAAACUUUUCUGCUAUGACAAGACUUGAUCAUAAUCGUGCUGCUGCUCAGGUAGCCAUCAAAUCUGGAGUCACUGUUGGAAAUGUAAAGAAUGUCAUUAUCUGGGGUAAUCAUUCUUCAACACAAUUUCCAGAUGUUAAACACGCAACUGUUACGAAAAACGGUAAAACAGUUGGUGCUUACAGUGCUGUAAAUGACACAGCUUUCCUUCAAGGACAAUUUAUCAAGACUGUUCAAUCACGUGGAGCUGCUAUUAUUGAGAAAAGAAAAUUGUCAUCAGCAAUGUCUGCUUCUAAAGCAGCUUGUGAUCAUAUUCAUGAUUGGCACUUUGGAACUAAACCUAAUGAAUGGGUUUCUAUGGCUGUUCCAUCAGAUGGAUCUUAUGGAGUUCCACAAGGACUAGUUUUUUCAUUCCCAGUAACUAUAGAUGGAGUCUCCAAAGAAUGGAAGAUUGUUCAAGGUCUUGAACUUGAUGAUUUCUCCAAAGAAAAAAUUGCUACUACAUUGAAAGAACUUGAAGAGGAGAGAGAUGAAGCUUUAAAAGCUUGUGAGGAAUCUAACUUGUAA